AAAAAAAAAAAGCCACUGCCGUCAAGAGCUUCCAAAGCUGCAGCUGCAUUCCCCAAAAAAAGCUGGGGCUGCGAUACGAUUAUGAUUCAUCACGAUUCCGCAUCUUGCGCACAUCAUCUCUGUCGGUACCUGCGAUUCGGCGACUUCCACGCCUCCAUCUGAGACAUGUAUGUAUGUAUGUAUGUAUGUAUGUAUGUAUGUGCGACCUAUCUAUCUCUUAUCGCCACGUGAGGCUCAUGCAUGCAAGCAUCAUAUAUGUCAUAAAGACCUGGUAGGCGGUUUAUUUUUUAUUUUUAUUUUUUAUUAUUAUUUUUUAUAUGGGGCGCAAGAUGCUAAAGCUCCCAAUCCACAAACCCUAUCGAGAAGGCUCUUGAGAAAGCCACGUCUUCGGGCAGGAUUCGGAGCAAGUUCUGAGGCGGUAGCUUUUGCUCUUUGCUUACUGCUUAUCCAUCAUACGAGAUACAUGCUUUUCUUUAUAUCCCUCAGUACUGUAUCAUCGGGAGCUUAACCCAGGUGCAAACAGAAUAUCUACUAGUAGUACCUACUUGUAUAUUAGCUCCUUUCUCGUUUACUUUUCUUCCAGCCUAUU